AAAUUGAAUUUUCUCUGCACUCUCUUCUCUCACCGACGACGAUGAAACCUCCAUUGUCCGUCCAUCUUCUCCUCUACCAUUGCUCUCCACCUUCUCAUCGUCGGUCACUCACCACUCCGUCGGGAUGGAGAAGGUAGGACGAUGUGGUCGAUACAUCACGUAGAGGACUAUGUUGGCGAUGGAAGCGAGGAGGGCAAGGAUGAGGAGAAUAAGAAUGGACCAAAAGCAACAUUGACAGCAAAGGUUGCGUUGGAAGCGGUAGUGGUGGCGACGGUUGUAGGGAGGAGGGUGGUAGGGAGGCCGAGAGCGGGGAUUAUAGAGAUUGGACUUGGUGGGUCCACCGUUGGUGGUUGCAAUCGUGGUUCCGGCACCAUUCAUGGCGGCGGCGGCGGUGUUGGUAGCAUCAAUGCCGGCAGCCAAAAUCCCCUUAGCCAUCUCCGUCAAUUGAAAGAAAACCACGGUGGUAGAGAUCGGCAAGCUGAGCGCAAUCAGGACCAUCAUCCCCAACGUGACACUGGGGCGAGUGUUCAUCAACUGGGACUACAACACUCCCAUGAUCUCGCAAAUCAUCGAAUCGUAGCUCGUAUAGACACGUUUCUCCUAAGUCCCAAUCCAUCCAGUCCUCAGGCAGCUCGUAGUUCCUCUCGAUCAUCUUCAUCUCAUGAAUCCUCUUCCGAAGAACGAUCAUGCUUUUAUCAACGAUCCGUCUGCUCGAGUCUCGGCUGCGCGCCUCUUUCUUCGCCGCAAAUAUCUUCGUUAAGAUCGUUUAAAGCCGAAUCCGGCAUCCGCAUAAAAUAAUUACAUAAAUGAGUUCUAGAAUCGUUUGGUUUUAUAAGUUGGGGAUUCAACCAAAUCAAGAGAAUAACUCCUU